AUGGCGAAUAUGUUGGCUUCAGCUUUUGUUCAAGAGACCGUGAACAGAGUCACCUCCUACCUCUUCAGCAAGCUUGAUGAUAACAAGGAGAUGGCAUCCAGAGGACAUUAUGUUGAGAGACUUGAGAUGGCACACACCGAACUGGAGCUGGCACUCGAAAGAUCUGCAAGAAUGCCCAUCACAGAUGUGUCCCUGCUACGGCGAAGGAAGCUGCUGGAAAGAGCCUUUGAGGACUGUGAAUAUCUGCUACACAGGUGCAACAAGCAGCAAACAACAGACAUUUUAGAGAUGGAGCGACCGGCAACAAACUCCUCCCUCACUAAAUGGAUUGCACAGGUGACUCAAUCAUCCAUAUCCUCCUAUUUUGCUGGGUUUUGCAAAGACAGCACUGACUGCUCGGAUGUUCGAAGAUUUAAGUGGUUGGCAGAAUGCGCCAACCGUUUUCUCAAAGAUGUGGAGUCUGGAUGCUCACCUCAGCGGUGCAUGUUCUCCAACUCUCUUGUCAGGAAACUUCUUCAGGGCAAAACUGUGCAGUAUAACAAGAAGCAGGAAAGCAUACUCCGUCGUCUUCACAUAUGGCCCAUGUGUGUGGAAGGGCGUGGUGUGGAGGCAGCGCUUGAAUUUCUCUACGAAGAUUGCAAGAUGCCGACGAGAAGUUUUGCUUUCGCACUGAUGCUGCGAUUGUCAGAGAGCACGGACAUUGUCGGGACUGCGAUAACAUGCUUGCAGUCAUUCACAUCUUCGAUGAAGCAUAUGGCUGAAGCUAUAAUGGGAGAACUCACUCGACUUCCUCUGCAAGAUAUUUCUCAUUCAACCACUUUUGCUCCAUGUUUCAGCAUGCAAGAUUUGUGUCACAGGGACACCAAGUUUUGGCGGCAGGAUGCAUUAUGUUGCAAACCAAACGGUUGUGCUAGAUACAACACACCAUCAGAACUGUCAUGCAGAUUUCCAGAGCAGGUUAUACUAGUACAUGUUGAAUGCUAUGUUUUGGCCUCUGAGUGCACCAACUUGCAUAGCACAUCAGCAGAAGGAGCUGACAGAAAUGCGGUGGGUGAUUGGCCGCCUCUCAAGCUGGGAGUGGGCUUCGCGCCUCACUUCUGCAAUGAAUGCAUGCAUGGGAAGACUGGGGUUGAGGUCAUUGAAGGGAAAGCAGAGCCGAUAAGUGAGAGCUUGCACCAAAUGGAUGAGAUGGUGCGAUUAAAGGCGAUUGACUGCUACAUUCGCCAGCCUGAUUUAUCGGAUUAUAGAAUGCGUUUGUAUGCAGGACACGGUGUUGCGUACUUCAUCGUGCGAAAACCAAGCCCUGGAACAGCAAGUGCACCCAAAUACAAUGGUAAGUCAAAUAUCCUGAGACUUGUGAAGAGAAGGCCAUUCAAGCGAGAGUCAUCAAAGAGGAACUAA